GUACAUAUACUGACGUCCCGUGACUCGUUUCAUCUUCAAUGCCUUUCGUGUCGCUUCUCUCUUUCUGUUUUCGCUGCCAAAAAACCAGCGUUCCUCUCUCUGUGCACACCCAAAACGAUAGACGAAACACAACAACACGAAACACAACCGAACAGCUAGUUAAUUGUCUGCACAUACAUGCCAUACAUAUCGCUCUGUCUCCUUGCAUUCCAUAGUGGUGUCAUGUCGCCUUGUCCCAAAUGGCGUGCACGCACAUCUACUCACUCACCCCUAUACACCAAUUCAUCUGUACGUCCACGCGUCAAACCGUCCGCCGCCUGCCCCCUCUCCACAUUCGCACUCGCUACACAAUCGGCGGCAUAACCCUAGGCACGAAACUAGAAAUGCCCCCACAAAAAAGCCUUAGCUACGCAGGAGAAGGGCCGUCGUGUGUGAUAUGUAUGUGUGCAUGAAUUGGGUGUCUCUCAGAGACACAAAACUUCGGCCACACGGCCGUCUGGUUCAUCAAAACAAUAUGCAUCAUGUGUGUCUUAUAACAGUGACGCCGUGCCCUCCCUGCCCCCGGCUCUUUCUUUCCCCACACACCUGAAUUUCUCACUAGAUAGCUAUACACCAAUUUAAUUAAUCCGUCACCCUUGGAUGCACGUCUGCAGAGAUAUGCAUGCCAUACACGGCCGUCUGCCGCUCAUUUCGCAGCACGGCUUGCCGGUAUGCAUCCCAUCCAUGUAUCGUAUCAAGGCACAUGCAGGCACAUGCAGAGAGACAGACAGACAGACAGACACAUGCAGAUGGACGCCAGCCAUAUCCCUCCGUCCCUCCGGCCAUCCUCCCUCACUGUCUGGCCCUUCAUCCACCAGGCGUACUGUAACACCAACAACCACGCGACGCGACACAACAGGCAUUCGAAAAACGAUUACCUACUUACUACCGCCCAUCGUCCCUCUAUACUAUACGUCGCUGAGAAGCGAGGCAAGCCCCAUGCCCGCGAGUACCAACACGCCCGCGACCAUGAGCCACACUACCACCUGCAUCAUGACACGGAUGACCCGGCUGAUCUUCAUCUCACCACGCUGCACACUCAUGCACCCGCCCUCCGGACACCAAUGCUGCGGCGCGAACAGCAGACUCAUCAGGGGGCCGAGAGAAACCGCCGUGUUGCUGUCGCUGCCACUCCCAACCCCAGCAUGCUUCGGCGAAGCGAUGUCGACGACCACCGAUGACGAGCUGCCCCUGUUGUUGUUGUUGCUGUCUUGACGCUCGUCGCAUCGGGUGGACAGCGACGACUCGCUCCGCUGCUCGCUGCCACUGGUCUUCCGCGACAGGGACUCGGCCAAAGGGGGCAGAGCCAGGGAGGGCGGGAGUGUCUUUUUCUGUCCGUUGUGUGGGGGCGUCAGCUCGUCCAGACGCCUCGAUCGGGGGCAGGGGGGAGGGGGAGGGAACGGGUGGCGAGCGUCCUGAAAACAGCCCAGCCACACCAAAAGGGAUGCCUCUCAGCCAGCGUAUGUACCCGGUGUGCGUCUCGUGCCGUACUAUGUACCUCUGCGGCAUUCAGCUGGACGGUCUUCUGCUCGUGGGUGAUGCCGCGUCCCUUGGGGCGCCGAUGGUGAUGCCCAUGGCCGUGGUGGACGUGACUGUGCUCCGGGUGCUGGCCUCGCGAACGCUGGCGUGACCGGCGAUUGGAUGCGGGAGACGGAGUGGCAUAGUGACAGCCGACAUCAACGUAUCUGCCCACACAGAAUGAGACAAACACAUGGACAAUAACCGAGACGAAGCCACGUGGGAUGUCCGUACCUGAGUGAAGGGAAUGUAGAGUCCGUCAGUUCCCCCAGUGUGGGCUCCUGGACCAUCGACUGGCCCCCUGUCAUGCUCAUGGUCGCCACACUCGACCCCAUCACCGAUGUGCUCCCGCUGCCCGUCGACCGCGACACCACAGACGACGAUAUGACGCUCGGCGUGCAGACGAGCGGGGACGACGACCGACGGCGCCUCGAUCGGCGCAUAUGCUUGCUGCUGCUGUGGCGGUGGCGGUGGUGAUUGCCGUCCUUGUGGAUCUGCUGCGGUGGCGGCUGUGAGAGCGACCUUGGCUGCUCCCGCAUGUCGACCCACUUGUGGAUGGCGCCGUGCAGCCCUCGCCAGUCGAUGGCCACCGACCGGGGGCUGCUGCUGCUAUUGCACCCCUGCCGCGGGGGUGGGUUGACCACCCAUCUGUUGUUGACGCCCCCAGGCAGCUUGACGGUGCGGCUGGUCGGCAGAGCCUUGAGCACUACCGACCUGUCAUCGGCCAGAGUGGGCGGCGGGGCGCCCCAUUCGCUGCCCGAGCCGUCGCUUCCUGUGACGAGGAAGUCCUCGUGCAUGGGCGGCCGCCAUUUGGCCCGCAUGGCCAUGGGGAUGUCUUCUCGGUAGGUCCGGUGGAUGGUGGGGGGCGGCCGGCGGGCCUCCAGGGAUGCGCUGCGCCGGUGGGAGCGGGACGAGGCGGAAGAGGGGGGGCGGGAGGGCGGGCUGACGGUGCUCCUGCAACGCAGAGGCAUACAAACGGGACAGUGAUGUCGCCUCGCACGUACAGGCUUGGAAUGCGCGUCUGUGUCCAUACGUACGGUACCUGCGCCGCUUUGAAGGGUGGACAUUGACAGCUGCCGGCCGGCUCCACCGCUUUGGGUGGGCAUUUGAGCGGCAGUGGUGGGAGCGGAAAGGCCGCCUGGACAUCGCCAGUCGGUCCUCGUCAGACGAGUACGAAAACGACGACCCCAGCUGGUUGCUCACGCUCACAUGCUCCGCCAGAGUGCUGCUGCCGCAUGAAGAUGCCGGGGAUGGCGAGGAGCUGUGGGUGUGCGUGGGAGAGGGAAGAGCGCACUCGCUGCAUGAGCAGCCCGUCGACACCUGGGAUGAGGCGGAAGUGGGAGUCACGGUGGGGGUGGUAGGCCGGCCUGAUGGCCGCACUGGCAUCCCGGCUACCCUCAUCUCUUUCGGAAUGCUGUCG